UGUUGACUCCCAAGCAUUCAAUCACUGCAAGAUCUCCAACACUCAUGCAAGCCCCAUCUGCCGUCUGCUGUUGAGGCUCUCAGUCAUGAAAGUAUGCGCCUGCUCAACGUCGCUACGCUGCAGCUUGAAUAUUUCACAGGAGAGGUGGGAAAUGGGAUCCCCGAAUAUGCAAUCCUAUCGCAUACAUGGGGUGCCGAGGAAAUCUCGUACAGCGAGUAUAACAGCCGGGAGUCCCUAACCAAAAAAGGCUAUGAGAAGAUAAUGGGUUGUUGCCGGUUCGAGGGCUAUCAAUAUAUCUGGAUUGAUACCUGCUGUAUCGACAAGAUUUGCUAUGCAUAUCUCAGCGACGUGGGUAGCGCUGAGGAUCCGUCCAUUGAAGGGUCAUCUUUUGACCGCAGUCUUUGGUUUACUCGUGGCUGGACACUCCAAGAGCUACUUGCCCCAGCCGAAGUCAUAUUUCUAAGCUCAGACUGGGUUGAGAUUGGGACCAAGAGUUCUUUAUGCGCAGCUGUGUCCCGCAUCACACGCAUCGGCACGAAGGCUUUGGAGGAGUGUUUGUGGAACGAAUACAGCGUGGCUCAGAAGUUGUCCUGGGCAUCUGGUCGCAGGACUACACGAGUAGAAGAUAAGGCAUAUUCGCUCAUGGGACUCUUCGACGUAAAUAUGCCUUUAUUAUAUGGGGAAGGUCAAAAAGCAUUCUUUCGCUUGCAGCAGGAGGAUCUUAAAGCAAUCAGACGAUCAAUCCAUCUUUGCAUGGUCUCAAUCCGAAGAGCUACAUUCUCAUGUGCGGUUAACUGA